AUGUUCAUGUCUUUUUCAUUGCAGACUUUUGAAGCCAAACUCCUCCAUUUAGAGAGUCGACCAAGCAGGAAGUCUAAGAAAAGCGGUGGAGAUGAUCUGGAGUUCUUCAUGAGGUGUGAAGUGCACUGCUCCGACACUGACAUCUUCAUCAACUCCUUAAAACGAGUUGCAGAUGAUGUGAGAAUAGUGCAAGAAGAAAACAUUCCUUGGUUUCCAAAGAAGAUUUCUGACCUAGAUAAAUGCAAUCAUCUGAUAACAAAAUAUGACCCUGAUCUGGACCAGGAUCACCCUGGAUUCAGUGAUCCAGAAUACAGAAAACGAAGAGGAAUCAUUUCUGAACUGGCUUUCAACUAUAAGCAUGGUGACCCUUUACUUGUAGUGGAAUACACUCCAGAAGAGAUUGCCACUUGGAGGGAGGUCUACAGGACUCUAAACGGUCUGUACCCCACUCACGCCUGCAGACAGUUUCUAGAAGCCCUCGGUCAGCUGGAGAGUGAAUGUUUGUAUGGAGAGGACAAGAUCCCUCAGCUAGGAGACGUGUCUGCAUUUCUUAAAGAGAGGACAGGUUUUCAGUUACGGCCAGUGGCAGGGCUGCUUUCUGCUCGGGACUUCCUAGCCAGUCUAGCGUUCCGGGUGUUCCAGUGUACCCAGUACAUUCGUCACCCUUCAGCUCCCAUGCAUUCCCCUGAACCUGACUGCUGCCAUGAGCUACUUGGGCAUAUUCCCAUGCUUGCAGACAAAGAAUUUGCUCAGUUUUCACAGGAGAUUGGACUUGCCUCGCUUGGAGCAUCAGAUGAAGAUAUUGAGAAACUGUCCACACUAUACUGGUUUACAGUGGAGUUUGGUCUCUGUAAGCAAAAUGGAACAGUGAAGGCCUAUGGGGCUGGACUACUGUCCUCAUAUGGAGAACUUUUGUACGCCCUUUCUAAUGAGCCCCAAUACAAACCAUUCAAUCCAGCUGAGACUGCGGUCCAACCGUACCAGGACCAGUCAUUUCAGCCUGUUUACUUUGUGUCCGAAAGUUUUGAGGAUGCCAAACACAAGCUAAGGCAGUAUUCAUCCACAAUACAGAAGCCCUUCUCCAUUAGAUAUGAUCCCUACACUUGCAGCAUGGAGGUUUUGGAUGAGCCUUCUAAGAUCCAGAAUGCUUUAGCGCAGAUGAGGGAUGACCUGAAGAUCUUACAUAAAGCCCUGGAGAGGCUGGGACAGAAAUAAACCAGAGGGCGAGAUACAGUAUCAUCAAUAACAACUAUUACGGAAAGCCUUUCUGAAUGUAUAUGAAUAUAUUGCAGAUUACAUUGCAUAA